AUGCCAGGCUUUCGUCAUGCUGCAGCGGCUGCCAUAGCACCUCACACUCCCGCCGGAAAGGUCUUCCUGCUGCCUACCCUCGUGAUCAGCCUCUACGCCAUCGCGCUGAACUCGGAACCAUGCGGUGGAGUCACUACCUUCCAGGCCUCCUGGGUGCGCUGCGGCACGGUGCUGGCCGGCUCAGUGAUGGGCAUCAUCAUGCGGCUCCUCAACUACCGCAAGAUCAACCCAAUCAGCUUCCACUACGCAGGAGUCAUGCAGCAGGCGCAGGUCCGGGCCGACUUGGUCAUGGCCAGUGGCCGCUUCGGGCAGGACGGGCGGCGAGCCCGGCGCUUCGGCCUGAUGUCCGGGAACGACACCAUCCUAAUGCUCUCCGCCGUGCUCAUCCUCUACGCGAACAUCCUCGUCUACGACACGCAGCUGCUGAGCUCGCUGUGGAGCAACCCGAUCAGCAGCACGCCGGCCUGGUCUGCCUUCCUCUGCUUCAUCCUCAGCAUCCCGCUCCUCGCACUGGGCAACUACGUGAUGAGGACCGAGCACAAGUUCGUCAUCUACUACAACGUGGCCCUGCUGCUCGUGAACAUCUUCAUCCUCAGCGUGGAACUAAUGCAGUGCGGAAACGCCGGCAUGAACAACCUCAACAGCGCGGGCUACUUCGACCUCCUCCCCAUCCAGUCCUCCAACUUCACCCUCGUGUACUCCGCGAUCCAGCCCGCUCUCACCUUCGUGGCCGCCCUACGUGUGGGCGCCGGGGUUGACGUGGCGGAGGGCGGCGACGUAGAGGGAGAGGAGGAAGAGUCCGGAGGCGGAGACGUAGACGUUGCGAGAGGCCAGCAGACCCCCCGGGCGCAGGGAGUCCUGCAGGCUGGGCAUGCUGUUGUGACCGGCUCGUGCGUCUUUUGUUAA